UUUCGUUUGUGAUUUUAUUAAAUAGCCUUGCUUGCCAUUUUGUGAGAAAAAAAUUAGAAGUUGUGUGACAUCUUGAAAUAAGAAGUGAAAAUAAUUAAUAACACACUUUCACAAAUAAAAUGUCUAAACGAAGAAUAGACUUAUUGGAUCCAUUUAUUAAAAAGAAGAGAGAGGAACGUGGUAUUAGUACUGCAACUACGCCCGCAGUACCUGGGACAACAAAUCCAUUUACUGGAUUACCAUACACACAACGUUAUCAUGAAUUCUAUAGAAAACGUAUUACUUUACCUGUUUUUGAAUAUCGUGCCGAUUUUAUGCGACUAUUAGCACAACAUCAAUGUAUUGUGUUAGUCGGAGAAACUGGUUCCGGAAAAACUACACAGAUUCCACAAUGGUGUGUCGAAUAUUCAAGAUCGAUUGGUAAAAAAGGAGUUUGCUGUACUCAACCCCGUAGGGUCGCUGCUAUGUCAGUCGCACAACGUGUGUCUGAAGAAAUGGAUGUGGCAUUAGGACAAGAAGUUGGUUACAGUAUUCGAUUUGAGGAUUGUUCAUCGGCUAAGACAGUUUUGAAAUAUAUGACUGAUGGUAUGUUGUUACGAGAAGGUAUGAGUGAUCCAAUGCUAGAAACGUACCAAGUAAUACUGCUGGAUGAAGCUCACGAAAGAACACUUGCAACAGAUAUAUUAAUGGGUGUAUUAAAAGAAGUUGUGAAACAAAGGAAUGACUUAAAAUUGGUUAUUAUGUCUGCAACUUUAGAUGCUGGAAAAUUUCAACAAUAUUUUGAUAACGCACCUUUAAUGAAUGUACCUGGUCGUACGCAUCCUGUAGAAAUUUUUUACACCCCAGAACCUGAAAGAGAUUAUUUAGAAGCUGCUAUUCGAACUGUAAUACAAAUUCAUAUGUGUGAAGAAGUUAGUGGAGAUAUUCUUUUGUUUUUAACUGGGCAAGAGGAAAUUGAAGAAGCAUGUAAAAGAAUUAAAAGAGAAAUUGAUAAUCUAGGCCCAGAAGUUGGUGAACUGAAGUGUAUACCAUUGUAUUCGACAUUACCACCGAAUCUUCAACAAAAAAUUUUCGAAGCGGCACCACCAAAUAAAGCAAACGGUGCAAUCGGGCGAAAAGUUGUAGUGUCUACAAAUAUUGCUGAAACAUCUUUAACAAUAGAUGGUGUGGUGUUCGUAAUUGAUCCUGGGUUUGCUAAACAAAAAGUUUAUAAUCCACGAAUUCGAGUAGAAUCACUUUUAGUGUCCCCAAUUAGCAAAGCUUCUGCACAACAAAGAGCUGGACGUGCUGGUCGUACAAGACCUGGUAAAUGUUUCCGUUUAUACACAGAAAAAGCAUAUAAAAAUGAAAUGCAAGAUAACACAUAUCCAGAAAUUCUUAGAUCUAAUUUGGGUUCUGUUGUGUUACAAUUAAAAAAACUUGGUAUUGACGAUUUAGUGCAUUUUGAUUUUAUGGAUCCACCAGCACCAGAAACAUUGAUGCGUGCCUUGGAAUUAUUGAAUUAUUUAGCUGCCCUAGAUGAUGAUGGUAAUCUUACUGACUUGGGAGCUGUUAUGGCUGAAUUUCCACUGGAUCCACAACUUGCUAAAAUGUUAAUCGCCAGUUGUAAUCACAAUUGUUCAAAUGAAAUAUUAUCCAUCACAGCUAUGCUGUCAGUCCCGCAGUGUUUCGUGCGACCCAAUGAGGCUAAAAAAGCAGCAGACGACGCCAAAAUGAGAUUUGCCCACAUCGACGGUGAUCAUCUUACCUUGCUCAAUGUGUAUCACGCUUUUAAACAAAACUCAGAGGAUCCACAGUGGUGUUACGACAAUUUUGUAAAUUAUCGAUCAUUAAAGUCUGGUGAUAAUGUGAGACAACAAUUGUCAAGAAUUAUGGAUAGAUUUAAUUUAAAACGUACUUCAACGGAUUUUACGAGUAAGGAUUAUUACAUUAACAUUCGAAAAGCUCUCGUCAAUGGAUUCUUCAUGCAGGUGGCGCAUUUAGAAAGAACUGGACAUUACCUUACCAUAAAAGAUAACCAAAUUGUACAGCUACAUCCUUCAACGUGCUUAGACCAUAAACCAGAAUGGGUUAUCUACAAUGAAUUCGUGUUAACUACUAAAAAUUAUAUUCGAACAGUUACAGAUAUUAAACCUGAUUGGUUGAUAAAAAUAGCACCUCAAUAUUAUGAUUUACAAAAUUUCCCACAAUGCGAAGCCAAACGACAACUAGAAAUAAUUCAAACAAAAUUGGAAUCAAAAUUAUUUCAACAAGGAUUUUAAUUUAACGUUAUUUUUUGUUAUAUUUU